AUGCCCAAAGGCAAGCAUCAUCAUGGUGGUGGAGGUGGUUCUAAGAGAAAGGAAAGAGCUGUAAGGGCAGCAUACAGACAAGAAAGGAAGGCUGGAGCUUACCUGUGUCCUGGUGACCCUGACUUUAAGAGCUUCUCCAACCAGCUAGCAGUGCAGGGACUAACUCUGAGGGACGUACCUGGAGAUGGCAACUGCCUAUUCAGAGCUCUGGCCUUGCAACUGGGGGACAGACUGCUUAGUCACACACAGCUACGCAGAGACGUGGUACAAUACAUGAGAGAACAUAGAGACGAUUUUGAACCCUUUAUUGAAGACCAGACUCCUUUUGAACAGUACGUAACUGAGUUGGCUCGGGACUGCGAGUUUGCUGGCAACGAUGCUAUAGUGGCGUUUGCAAGGGCUUACUCCACCAAUGUGGUCAUACAUCAACACAAUGCCCCUCGAUUGGAGGUGUUAUCGCAGCAACACGGGGGGUCUCUAUCGCAGCAAUGCAGGGGGUCUCCUCAUACACUGCACAUAGCCUAUCUCAAUGGGGAGCAUUACUGCUCGGUGGAGACCAUGCUACCCUCAGAGGACCUCCCAGCAGCCACACAGAUACCCCCUGUGAGGGUUGGGGGAGGGCCACGAACCAUGCCCUCCUCUCCCAUCAGGUCUAGGGGUGGACCCAGCUUGGAGGCGAAAACAGUGCUGGAGGCAACAGGUUGUCUGGAUUUGGAGCUUGUGGAGCAGAGCCUUUGUGAGAACAGUUACGACCCUGAGCUAGCUAUAGUGGAAGUUUUGCAGCUGAUGAGCUUCAAGGAAUCAGGUGCUGCUGCUAGCUUUAAUGAGACCCACAAUUCAAUACCACAAAGCCUUGGUGGUGAGAGCAUAAAGAAACAGGUGCAAGCUAAAAAGAAGUCAGAGCCACAGGUACCAUUGUCAGCUGGUCCUAAUGAAAUAACUUGUAACUCAAUUAACGAAAAGUGUGUUGUCAAGAGUGGUCGACGUCUGUCCAACAAAGAUAGGAGAGCUGCGGCCAAAGCUGCUCGUAAACAGACCAAGAGAGAGACUGUCAAGACAGUGGUAUUACAAUCGGACCCAGUUGGCUCUACCGCUAUCUAACCCAGGGAAGGCCCUUGUGAACUAAUAAGCACAUCCGGUGGCCUUGUGACCAGCCCUGGCUGCUCUAAAUGGCUAAGAACUGAACUGUACAGUACCAAUCUUAAUUCCUUUUGCUAUCUGCUAUAUACAUGUGUAACUAUUGUAUGUACAGUAUAAUCAUUUGAGCGUUUCAAUUGUUGAAUUUUUUUGUGAAAA